UUCACCACAUCCUAUGUUGUUUUUAUUUACUAGGAGGUUGGGAAGCAUCGGUAGGUGCAAAGUACAUUGACGUUGGAGUCAUCCCUUGGCAACAGUGGCAGCAUGGAGAGUUUCAAAGGAGGAGGAGAGGUGAGAAGGCUCAACAUUGUCUACUUUCUAAGCCGGAAUGGCAGAGUCGAACACCCUCAUCUUAUUCGGGUUCAUCAUCUUCAUCGUAAUGGCGUUCGACUUCGUGAUGUCAAGAGAUGGUUGUCAGAGUUGAGGGGGGAGGAGAUGCCGGAGUCCUUCGCUUGGUCAUACAAGAGGAGAUACAAAAAGGGCUACGUGUGGCAGGAUUUAAUGGAUGAUGAACUUAUUACACCGAUCUCCGACAAUGAAUACGUUCUCAAAGGCUCGGAUCUUUCUCAUGCUCCAAUUUGCCCAUCUUUCAAUGAGUUGUCUUGUGGCGAUGGGAAGAAACCAAAAGCAGUGGAAGAAGUAGGAGAAGGGGAGAAGGUGGCGCCUGAGAAAUCUCUAGCUGACACGCUCCAAAUUGAGCCAGACGACGACGGCGUCUCUCAGAAGCCACCGCCGUGCUUGGACCAGGACUCGCCGCCGGGGCAGCGGGAGGGUUCGGAUGCAUCGAACGAGUCCAUCGGAAGAACCGCUUUGUUUAACUUGGAUUUGUCAAGGGGGCUUGAGAAGGAGAAGAGGGAGGAGGGGCAAGUUGCUUCUCCAGCAAUGGCAGAUCAUGGUAACAAUCACAUGAAUAACAGUAACCACAAUGACAAGAACAACAAUAAACAUUCUCGGAGGGCUUCACACGUGCUUCGUAACAUUCUCACGUGCGGGAAAGUGCAGACAAAUGACUCUGCCUUGAGGACCAUCAAGCGGAGGAACAGUGGUACUGAAUCCAGGCCGGUCAACGAGUGGAGCGAGGACAAGGCCAGGAGAGAAGGCAGUCCCGGCGGCUUACAGGCCGGUAGCAGCGCCCAAUUGCUCGCAAUGUGGGAAAGCAUUCAAGCCAGAGAAACUACAUUCACAUAUGAAAUCAUGUAAAGCUCUAAGAGUCCGAGGAAGAAGGAUGAACUCAGAGAGGAUGCCAUUAAGAAGAGAGUCUCAACAGGAGGACUUUUCUACAGACUCAGCUCCGGGUUUUCUAUUGACUGAUUAGUCUUAUAAUUCGCUGUGGUUGUAUAAAGAAAGAAAUGCACGAGUAGUCCAAGUCGCUUUAUUGAAAAAAGAUUGAUGCCACAGAUAAUAUUUGAAAUAUCAAGUUCGAACAGUUCAAAAACCUGA